AUAAGAGGUCUGCUGCACAAGGCAGCACAUAAGAAGCCAGAGCCAAGUAGCUAGAUGUCCCAGCAGCCUCCGACGACAGCACAAAGGGAGCCAGAGGGGGCUGGUACAAUGCAGACAGAAUCACAGGAGACUUCAGGAUCCCACCUGAGUAUAUCAGAGAUGGCCCAGAAGAGCCGCCUACCCACCCUUUAUGGAGUACCUGUCCUUGCAGUUUUACUUUUUCCGUGUCUAGUCACAGGUGUGGAGCUGGCUAUAAACAAUCGUUCUGAUAACCAAAUACUAUCCACAAAGCCUGGCCGUGAAGAGUCCCUGUGGUGCACUGUACAUAACAGCAGCAGGGCGGAGGAAUUACGCUGGUACCGAGACAGUGGGACUGUGAACAUGAAAGAUGGCAAUAAAAUUAAUACCACUAACAUCUGCAUCCUUCCAGUCUCUAAGACCGACAAUGGAGUCAGCUUUACCUGCAAGCUGGUGCGGAACGAGUCCAUUCAGAUCUCGGUGACUCUGGAUGUCCAGUUUCCCCCUCUCCUAACUGGGGAAGACCCUCCUCCAGUAGAAGAAAAGAAUGAUGUGAAGCUGACUUGCAAUGUGAAUUCCAACCCUCAAGCUGAAAUGGUUUGGUAUAAAGACAACAGCACCCUGAUCCUGAAGAAAGAUCGUUAUCAGAUAUACCAUACUAGUGAGGUCUUCCAGCUGACUAUCAAGAAAGUAGAAAAAUCUGACAAUGGAACAUACACUUGUGAGGCUAAAUCUGUUCUUGGAGGGAUGAAAAAGGAGUUCCACCUGACAGUUGAAGAUAGAAAACCGGGUUUUCCCUUGGAGGCCAUUAUUGCUGCCAUCGUGGUGGUUUUACUCACUGUAAUUUUUGGAAUUGUGGCUCGAAGAGAAAAAAUAUUUAAGUGCUUCAAAAAGACAAAACAAACACCAGGUGAAACAGCUCUGUGAAGAAAUCCUGAGGUUACUUUGUGCACCUAAGAAGCAUCAUCUGUAGCAAGACAUAUGCCGUUGUGUUAAGGGAUGGGAUUAGCCAUUAUGCAUUGCAACAGUUACUCUAGUUCAUACAGUUCCGUCUAUAUUUAUUGUUAUUUUACACAAUGAUCCUUUCAAAACGUAAAUGGUUCUUUAUGUAUGUUGAUUCUAACCUGCUGCUUUGAACACAUUAAUGGGGGGGAUGGGGAGAGGAUGACUACAUUGCUUCCUUUUGGUCUGCCUCCAUUUUUAUUCCUAAAGGAUGUUUGCAUGUAAUCAGGAUCAUUAUUUCUUAGGAGUCUGUUCCUGUUCAUUAGGAAGUCACAAUGAGUUGCCAUGGAAAUUAUGUUCCCACAACCCAAAGAGUUUGAUGUCGAGUGCACAAAUACCAGUAGCGGAUAAUUUCUUAAGAAAGGGAAGCCUUGGGGGCUCAACAGCUCAGUAGUUAGGUAAUAAGAAAGAAAAUCUCUUGUAUGCUGGUUUAGCUCCCUCCAUGGCCCACUGCGACCAAAUGUCGUUUAAUGGGUCUCCGUCCAAUUCCCGGUACAUGGCCAUCAGCACACCGGGCACUCAUUUUCUCCUUUGCUGCUAGUCCCCGCAGAAAGGCAAAGGCCUGAAUCACCCAUAGGGACUCACCCCUAGAGCUGGCCCCUUCCAGCCAGGGUUGAGGCACCCAGGUAGUACAGUAGAUGAAGCCAGUACUGCUGCUGCCUCCACUGUGCCCCCUUCUUUGGAACAAUGGAUUUCAGGGCCUGGGGCAGUCACUCUAAUACCUUUCACAAACACUGUGUUAAAAUAAACAACAGUUUUAGAAUAAACUCUCCAGUUGUAAAAUUGAGGGGUCAUCUCCCCUUUCCCCACUGACCAUGCAACAUACCAGCAGAAAAUUUUUCACAAGAUUCCCGCAAACUUUUAAAGACUCAUCACAGUUUGACUCGGUAUACAUACCCCAUGUGCUAUAAAUAACUUCCAGUCACUGAUGGGCAAAUAUCCUUCUCAGAAAGUGGAAAGGUAGU